CAUAUUAACAAAAGUGAAUAUUUUCGCAGGGCAAUGCAGUUAGAUAAUACGAAACGCAUUUCUAAGUGGUAUCAUGGUGGACUUGCAUCAGCAGCUGCAGCAUGCUGUACCCAUCCUUUAGACUUGUUAAAGGUGCAUCUACAAACUCAUCAAGGAACCAGAAUUGGAGGAACACAGAUGGCGGUUAACAUCAUUAGAUCACAAGGAUUAACUGCAUUGUACAAUGGAUUAAGUGCUUCUGUUGGCAGACAGUUGACGUAUUCAAUGACAAGGUUUGCGUUUUAUGAUGUUAUGAAACCUUUAAUGAUAAAGAAAGGCAAGGACCCAACGAUGGCCCAGAAAAUGUUGCUUGCUUCUAUUGGAGGUUUUAUGGGUGGUGUGGUUGGCACACCAUGCGACAUGAUAAACGUACGAAUGCAAAAUGACAUAAAACUUCCAGUUGAAUUAAGGCGAAAUUAUAAGCAUGUGUUUGAUGGCUUGUAUCAAGUUGCUACUAAAGAAGGUGUAUCAACCCUUUUUAAUGGAGUUACCAUGGCAUCUACUAGAGCAGUUUUAAUCACGAAUGGUCAGCUUGCAUUUUAUGAUCAAAUAAAAGAAAAUUUACUUCAAACUUCAUUUUUUCAAGACAAUAUCAUCACACAUCUUACAGCAAGUAUGAUGGCAGGAACUAUUGCAACUGCCAUGACUCAACCAGUUGAUGUUAUGAAAACGAGACUAAUGAAUGCUAAAAAAGGCGAAUAUCGGGGGAUUUGGGAUUGCGUCGUGCAAACAGGAAAACAAGGACCAUUGAGUUUUUUUAAAGGUUUUGUACCAGCUUUUAUUCGUUUAGGACCACAAACAAUAUUGAUAUGGGUUUUUAAAGAACAACUACGCUUACGGUUUGGAAAACACCCUGUUUAAUAACCACAUGGUCCUUUUCUAUUUUGUACAGAACUAAUACGUGCUUAAAAGAUUUGACUUAUAAUGAAUUCCGCAAAUCAUUUUUGUAUAGUGAAAUACAGUAAUGAUCGGAUGCUAAAAAAAGCAAACUGUUUUUUUGCUUGCUUAAGAUGGAAUUUUAAAUUUCAUGAAAUGCCUCAUACUUUCCAUUUAAUAUAUUCUGCGAUGCUGUUUUAUUUCACUUUUAAAUCAUGUUGCAUUCUUUGUAUUGAAAUAAAUUUGCAGAAUUAGGU